AUAAUAAAGCAAAGGUGACAAUUUUUAUAUUUAAUCUUUUUUUUUUUUUUUUUUUUUCAUUAUAGAGCCAUGCAAUCAGAGCCAAUCAAAGUUGCAGCCCUAGGAAGACCUCUGUUUCCUGGUAUGCUGUAUGACUGCCGCAAGGAUUCCUUCAUUCCAGGUGUUACUCUGUGGGAUAAGGAAUCAUUGACUGAAAAACAAUUGGACAGUCGUCCACAGCUCAUGACAGAUUUGAAGUUCAGUAGCUCUGACUCUCUCUCUAGUAAGGCAGAUCUCAUGGAUAUAAGUGCUUCCCUGAAGCUCAGCUUCGAAGGGGGAAUGGUGGAUGUUGAAGGAUCUGGCAAAUACCUGCGUGACACAAAAUCCUCACACAACCAGUCCCGAGUUACAAUGCAUUAUAGCGAGACCUCCAGAUUUGACCAGCUCACCAUGACCCAGCUUAGCCACAUCACCUACCCUCAGAAGCUUGACCACAAAACUGCAACUCAUGUGGUCACGGCUGUUCUGUACGGAGCCCAGGCCUUCUUGGUGUUUGAUCAGAUGUCUACAGAAGAUGAAAGCAAGCAGGACAUUGAGGGGAAACUGAAAGCAGCGGUAAAGAAGAUUCCUAACUUUUCUAUUGAGGGAGACGCAUCUGUAAAACUGACAGAUGAAGACAAAAAAACUGCUGAGAACAUCACCUGCACGUUUCAUGGUGACUUUCAUCUUGAGAAGAACCCCACCACAUACAUGGAGGCCCUGGAUUUGUACAAGAAGCUCCCAACUCUGCUGAAGGAGAAUCCACAGAAUGCAGUUCCAAUAAAGGUCUGGCUUUAUCCUCUUAAUUUAUUGGACUCAAAAUCCGCUCGGUUAGUGAGAGAAAUCAGCACAAAUCUGGUUUCCAACACUGAAGGUAUAAUGGAGGAGCUGGGAGACGUAGAGAAGACAUGCAAUGACCUGUCCAAAAGAAAAGAGGUAACUGUUUUCAGUGACAUUGAAGAGAGGCUGCACUCAUUUCAGGACUCAUUUAGCAUUUAUAAGACUGUGUUCCAGAAAGCAGUGGCCAAGGUCUUGCCUGAUAUUCGAGGAGGUGGGAAGGAGGAACAGUCACUGGCAGACAUCCUGAAGACCCAUGACGGCUCCCCUUUUAAGGCUGACAAGCUCAAUCAGUGGUUAAAUGAUGCAAAGUCUGAACUGAACCUCUUGAGUUCUCACACCAAGACACUGAAGCAGAUCAGGAUUGAAGACUCUGAUGGUCUGAACAACAUCCUCCUUGAUCCUGAUAUUGAUGUUGUGGUGUGUUUGACCUUCACAUCUCUGAAAUAUGAAGAAAAGUAUCUUUCAAACCUGAAAGAGUUCCUGAAAUCUGAUAUGUUUAAAGAUGGAAACAAAAGUGUGCUUCAGGAGGCAUCUGACAGAAAAUGGUUCAAAGAUUCUGGUAUAAUAAAGAAGAUGAGAGAGAACUUGUCUAUCUUCAGAGACAUAUCAGAAGCCAAUAAAGAUGAUAAGAGAAUCCGCUUCAUUAUUUCUGCUGUCUCUGAUCCCUCCAAUCAAGGCCCUGCUGUCUCUGAUCCCUCCAAUCCAGGCUCCUCGAUCUAUUUGUACAAAAAAGGGAAUCUGACAGACAGACAGUUCCAGCCCGUGUCCAAGCCGCCCCCACCGAUAGUGAAUGAUGUCCAGAAACAAAGUGUGUCCCUGAAACUGCAGAAGUCUCCAAGUGGAGAAACAGAGAAGUACAGAGUAGAGUACAAGCAGGUCAAAGCUGAGGAGGAACAGUGGCUUGUCAUGAACACAGAAGAUAAGGACGUUACUCUGACUGGACUGGAAUCUGGAAAGCACUACUUGAUCCGCUGCAGGAUUGUGGGUAUACUGGGAGUGAGUGAAGCCAGUGAUACUGUCAGCACUGAAACAUUUUCAGCACAAGAUGUGAUUGAGGGAGGUUCGGAAUUCCCCUUUGGAAUUUAAUUCUUUCCCAACAUCAUUUCGCAGAUCACCAUUGCUUACAGCGAGAUGACACUGAACUCAAUCCAGGUGAAUUUACAUGAUGGGCAAAUGUUGAAUGUUGGUAAAGUAUCAACAAUAGGAUCUAAUGAACAAAC